AUGUGUUUGCUUGGAGAUGAUGGAAACACUGACAAUAACCUGUGGGUGGGUCUCAUCCUGGUCAUCUCCUUCUUCUUGGUCAUCAGCGUUCUCGCCUUCCCCAACGGUCCUUUCACGAGACCCCAUCCAGCAAUAUGGCGGAUAGUGUUCGGGUUGAGUGUGCUUUACUUCCUCUUCCUGGUUUUCAUCAUCUUCCUGAACUGGGAGCAGGUCAAGUCUCUCAUGUUCUGGCUGGAUCCCAAUCUGCGCUACGCCAAACGGGAAGCCGACGUCAUGGAGUAUGCCGUGAACUGUCAUGUGAUCACCUGGGAGCGAAUCCUCAGCCACUUCGACAUCUUCGCCUUCAGUCAUUUCUGGGGCUGGGGAAUGAAGGCUCUGCUGAUCCGCAGCUAUGGACUGUGCUGGACCAUCAGCAUCACCUGGGAGCUGACCGAGCUCUUCUUCAUGCAUCUUCUUCCGAAUUUCGCGGAGUGCUGGUGGGAUCAGGUCAUUCUGGAUAUCCUGCUGUGUAACGGCGGAGGGAUCUGGCUGGGAAUGACCGUCUGCCGCUUCCUGGAGAUGCGCACGUAUCACUGGGCCAGCAUCAAAGACAUCCACAGCACCACGGGGAAGAUCAAGCGCGCAGCGCUGCAGUUCACUCCCGCCAGCUGGACAUACGUGCGCUGGCUCGACCCCAAGUCCUCCUUACAGAGAGUGACGGGAGUCUAUCUGUUCAUGAUCAUCUGGCAGCUGACGGAGCUGAACACGUUCUUCCUGAAGCACAUCUUCGUGUUCCCAGCAUGCCACGCUCUCAGCUGGUGCCGGAUCCUGUUCAUCGGGAUCAUCACGGCUCCUACUGUACGGCAGUAUUACGCGUACCUGACGGACACACAGUGCAAACGGGUCGGGACUCAGUGCUGGGUGUUCGGGGCGAUCGCUUUCCUGGAGGCGCUGGCCUGCAUUAAAUUUGGACAGGACUUGUUUUCCAAGACGCAGGUUCUCUAUGUGAUUUUGUGGCUCGUGUGUUUGGCUUUCAUCACGUUCCUGUGUCUGUAUGGGAUGGUGUGGUACGCUGAGAACUACGGGCCCCGAGAGAAGAGCUUCUCGGAGUGUGAGGACAGUAUUUACACGGAGCCGGACGACGCUGUGUCUGAAUGCAGAGGGGAGUUUGAGACGGACAGCACGACUUCCUCUUCUGCCAGGAAACGGAGGGACUCUGUAAAUAACACAAGCAUCAACGGCGUGGAGAAAUAAGCCUGACUCUGAAAGGAUUUGCACACGUGUGGCUCCUGUGAACGGAGGGAGCAUCAGAUGAAUGAUUAUGAAGGGUGAGAUUGGCUCAGGUCUGGUCAGAGCGCAAGGCUCUUUGAAAAGGCAAUACUGUGUUUAGUUAGUCAGCUGACUUCACCUGUUGAACUUCAGAGACUGGUUAACCAGGUGAGAUCCCAAGCAGUGCUGUGCGUCAUGGUGUUUUCAGUCGCAUGCGUGACUCGUAACAGUGCUGUAAUCUAUGUCACAGAUGUUUUCAACGGUGUAUUUUACUGUAUGCAGACGAUUUUUCAGAUUAUGUUAUCAUAUGUGACCCUGGAGCACAAAAGCAGUCA